AUGGAACAAUAUAACUCCAGCCGCUCAACCAAUCUCUUCUUGGACCCCCUCUACACAUCGCUGACACAAGAAUUGUCAUUGGAAAGUUUGGGACCGACAACGAUUUCAUCGACCCAACUAAAUCCGCAAAACAUCGAUCAAAUUGUCGAAAUGGAAAUGAAACGCAUUCAGGAGAACAUCGCCCGUAAAGAGGCACAGUAUGUGGAACAAAUGUUGGUCGAAAAUCCAAUUACAUUUGAAAGACGCAACAACGUCACUGUGCUAAGAAAGGCAACCUCGGACAGCUCAUUAUCACCCGAACAACAACGGUUGCAGCAGCAACGUGCCGAUGCAUGUCGACGUUCUCGCUACAACAACAAAGUGAAAAAAGCCAAGUCGAAAUAUCGCCACAAAUACAUUUCCCAGAAACUCCAGCAAAGCAGUCAGAUGCUGAAUUGUAUUAAGGAUCUAAUUGCCGAGGCUGAAAGUCAUUUACUCGCCCAAGGAUUGCACAAAGAGAAGCUGCAUCAAUUGCGUUCGAAUUAUGGCAUUGAAAGGCCAGCAAAUAUUGUUCGUGUUGACGUCAAUGCAGUAGAUUUUGUUUUGCCAACGGAGCCAUGA